GUGCCUCCAGUUCGUCCGUGCCUAUCGUCGCGUUCAGUUGAGAUUGAUUCGUGAUCAUCACUCAUCAUGAAAUCCUGUUGCGCUGUGUUAAUGCUGCUCCUCAUUGCCGUCACCGUCCUGCAUCCGAGCGAAGCGCGCGGUGGCCGUGGUCGAGGCGGUGGCUCGUUCGGAGGUCUGUUUGGCGGGUGGCGAAAGUACAAGAAGCCCUCGUCGUCGGGUGGUGGUCGUCGUGUGGUGAGCGGCUCACCAGUGCACACGGCCAUGUCUGUGCCAAAGCCUCCACCACCACCGCCGGCCCCGCCGAAGGCAAUGAUGCCGCCAAAGCAGCAGGUGCCCAGCUAUCCCCGCCAGCAGAUGCCAGCGGGAUACAACUAUCCGGCACAUCCGGCACAGGGAACAUACUACUCCAAUGCACACUCUUUGCCCGCGGGAGCCGUGUACUAUGCCCAACCGCCCAUGUCCAUGAACCGAGGAUUGGGAACUGGCGACUUUCUUACCGGAAUGCUGGCUGGACACAUGAUGAACAACAUGCUCUUUGGCCACCGUCAUCAUGUCUACCACAGAAAUCGUGAGGGAGAGGAGCAAACAGCCCAGGGCAACGGUCGCCAGAUCAUAAUCAUCAACAAUGGUCAGCCGGAGGGAGCUGCUCUCAACGAGACAACCAUUUCGGAGGAAGCUGGCGCGGCAAUAGCUCCAGAGAAUCCACUCACCGAGGAGGACGAGAGCUCCAGUGCCGCCUCCAGCGAGGAGUCUUCUGAUGUCGAGGGUACAGCCCUGCCCCCACCAGGAACCAUCAUUUGCUUUCCCAUCACACUCAACGAAACUGAUCCCGAGCAGCCCGAAAUGAUGCGAGAAGUGGAGCGAGUGGUCUGCUUUCCGGCACCCUCUGCUUCAGAGUUGGCCGACCCAAUGGAGGGCUCCGAACUGGGCAGCACUACAACAACCGAUCCACCCAUUGUUGCGGGAGAUAUUGGAGGUGAUACUUCGACUGAAGGUAGCGAGGCCAGCGAGCCUGUUGAGGUGGCCAGCUAUGUGGCUGGCAGAGCUGCCAGUGUCGAUGCUGACGCUUUGAUUUAGUAGCCUCAGGCUUAGGAUUUAAGUGUUAUUUCAAAUAAAUAUUAUUUAGUAAUGAAA